AUGGCGGCCGAGAUUUUCGGAGUCAGAGAAGACAGAAAGCGAGAGUCGAGGAAGGAGGAAGAAGACGAUGAAUCGUCAGAUAGGUAUACCCAAUGAUAAAAUGAAUAAUUUGCGAAUUAUUUUGAGUUCUUUUUAGCAAUUUCUCUCUUUCUUACAACUUGUACAGUGAUUCAGAAGAAGGAACCCGUGUUGUGAAGGACGAAAAGACAACAUCUGAGCGUAAGCAUGAUCACAAGAAAAAGAAGAAAAAGCAUAAACACAAACACAAGAGUCAUAAGCACAAGCAUAAACACCACAAGAGAAGAGACAAGGAUCACGCUCCUGAAAACGGCGAACCUGCCGAGAAAAAGUCUAAAAUUGCAGACGAACUUUUGGAACUCGAGAAAAGGAAAGCGUUUUUACAGGAACAGCUGGCAGAAGCUUCUCGAAUUAAUGAGAAACAAUCAGCAGGAAAUCAUAGAAUUCCGGUGACUAAGACAGAUGAUGAAGGUAAAGACAAGCAUAGAGACAGACAAAAAAGGGAGGAUCAUGAACUUGACAGAAAGCAUAAGGUGAUUGAAGCGAGAGACUUUGAUGGCCAAGAAAAACAAAAGGGAAGACGGAAAAGCCCAAGAAGAGAAAGUGAUGGAAGAGAGGAUGGCAAGGAAAAUAGUAAGCCAAGCACUGAUUUUGUCAGAGAUGAAAAAUUGAACAAUCACUCACACAGUCACAGUUCUAGAAGACAUAGUGGUUCUUAUGAUAGCAAAACGGAAUCAAAAGUCAGGCAUGAUUCAAGUGUAAAAAGUAAUGAUGCUGAAAAGGAAAAAUCUGCUGCUCCAAGGAGAGAUUCAACAAAAACUGAUGCAAGCAGAAAAGACAGUGAAACAAAAUCAGGAUCACUCAGACAUCAUUCAAAAUCUAGAUCACCAAAAAGAAGUUCUGUGUCUGACAAGGAACAAAAAUCAAGAGAGAGACCAAGAAAGUCAGGUAGUAGGUCCCCAAGGAGAACUUUAUCCAAGGAAAGGAAAAGUAAACAGGAUUUAAGCAGAAGAAGUAGCAGAUCUCCUAGACGACAGAGAAGGUCAUCCUCUAGAUCACAUAGACACAGCAAGUCACCAAAGAGAAGAAGCAGAUCUCCAAGACGUCGCAGUCGCUCACCAAGGAGGAGGAGUAAAUCUCCUGGACGGCGCAGCAGGUCUCGGUCACCUCGGCGGAAAAGACGUGACAAUGAUAAAUUCAAGGGAAGUUACUCUGAGGGGCAAGGUCAUAAGGGGGAUUCAGAUCCAGAGUAAGUGUUAUUUUCUUUUUGUUAGUCACAGGAAUUAAAAAAUUUUGAACCAGGUUUACAUGAAUGGCAAAUGGCAAGAAAUAAACUUAAAGAGGCUCCAUAAGGUUUUUUGACAGCGCGAGAUCUGGGUGCAAACAUAAAGCAAGCUUUAAAAGUGUCAACAAGCAAAACAAACAUGGCAGCUUGAUAUGAUCUUAUGAUUGUUAUCUGAAAAGGUGAGUUAAAACAGGGUUUCUAGGGUUUCCAGCAACUGCACCCAUAAUAUUCAUAGAUCUUACAAGCCUGAAAAAGAGGUCAACCAAUUAGAAAACACAGUGGGAAAGAUUACCAAAAGACAACAGAUUUGAAAGUUUACGCCUGCUCAGUUGUAGUUCAUGGCAAAGUUUUAUUCCAUAAUGUUUUGCAACAGAGAAUAUAGGGAUCUUUGGAGCAAGAUUUGUCUCAUUUCCAUCUGCAGAAUUCCCUUAGAUUUGCUGGACCGUUAAACAUAAUAUUUUUUGUGUCCUUCUUAGUGCUCGUGUAUUAAAAAAAAUUUCUUACACCAAAUUUGAGAUACAGGAAGAAAACACAAACUUGCAAGUGGUAAGGAAACUGCCUUUGUAACUCCUUCUUUUUUGGCCUUUAAAUGAUUGGCAGGACAAAUUUCACAAAUUUUGAGAGAUUUCACUGAAGCACAUUGAAGUAAAUCACAAGCAAAGUCAAAUUAUCACUGGCAAGGGCCUCCAUUUGUAGAGCCUUAGCUUAAUCACAAAAAUCGUUUUGGUAAUUUUUAAUACAGCAUAUCAUUGUCCAAACCUUGCUCAUUGCUUUUUGAUGGCUUUUAGUGACCUUGAAGGGCAAAAACGUAAGAAUUUUCUAGAAAGCGCUAGGCUGGUACGCGGGUGCCAACAUUGAGCAAAAGCCUUAAAGAGCCUCCUUAAGCUUUCUGCUUUUCAGCAGUGUGUGCAGUCUGCUCUCUUGUACAAGAACAAGAUUUAUAUUUAUUCAGAAUAUAUUUUCAAAAUUUUUGUGAUGGUUUUUCAAAAACUGAUAAGAUUGAAAAGAAGUUCCCUCUGCACUUAAAUUCAAAUUUCCUUUUAUAAAUUAUAGUGUUGACCUCUACAACUUUGAGAUGGAUGACAAGGAAGAAGAUGAAGAUGCGAUUAUUGAGAAAAGAAGGCUGCAGAGAUUAGCCAUCUUGAAAAAGUACCAAGGCAGUGGCAUUUCAUCAAAUGCUCCGUCCACUGCCAACUCAGUUGUGUCUCAGUCUCCACCUGGAGAGAGAUCAGACAGUGAAGACAGUGACACUGUAGAAAAACAAGCCACUGAAGAUUUAGAACAGGAAAUAGCAUUGGCAAGUAGCAAAACAGAGAAGGAGCUGAGAGAUGUAAAGGACAACAUGGAGACAAAAGAAGAAAGUGAAACAAAAUCUGCUGUGGGGGACAUGUUUGCUGAUGAUGAUAUGUUCUCUGAUAAUUACAGUGUAAGUUUACCUCAGGAAACAUCUAACCCUUUAACUCCAAACUAGAAGUGAUUUGCAUGAAUUUUUACCACAUUAUCCCACAGACCAGUAAUUAUAAUAGACAAAUCUAUUACUUGCAUAAGAAAGAAGUUCUGCAAUUUCAGCUUAAAAUAAACAUUAUCAAGGAGUGAUACUGACUAAUUUUUUUACAUUAAGAACACCACUGCAAGAUUGGAUCAAUGGUUUUUAAAACAUUGUAUGUCAAAAAUUAAAUUUUGUUUUGACAAUUUAAAGGUUAAACAAUUGCAACAACAAUCUCUCAGUGCUUACAUUUGUCACUAGCACAACAGUUUGGUCAAAUCUAAGUAUGCAGUUAGUGAUCUGAUUCUUAACCAAUUACACUGUGACUUUUGUUAUAAUUUCAGAGUCCUGCAAGGACUUUAAAGCUUGAGGCAGGAAAGGAAAAUCCUAACCUCACAGACAACUGGGAUGAUGCUGAGGGAUAUUACAGUAAGAUUACUUGUUGUUCUGAUAUCAAUUAGAUGUGCGAAAAACCACUUGUGAAUUGGUUACUCUUGUUUUCUGCUUGUUUGUUUGCUUGAUUUUGCUUCAAGUUCAUUUUUUUCCUUCUGAUGGAGUCUAAUAUGGUCAAAUUUUAGAUGAUGCACAAUGGGUAUCUCUUAAAUGCAUAGUGCUAUGCUAUUACAUGGAAGACAUGUUUAUGUAUACAUCAAAUCUUGAUAGUGUUGAUUUUUGCUCUUCAGGAAUUCGUAUCAGUGAAAUUCUCGACAAGCGCUACUGUGUUUAUGGUUACACUGGAGCAGGGGUGUUUGGAAAUGUUGUACGUGCAAGAGAUCAAGCAAGAGGAAACCAAGAAGUGGCAGUGAAAAUAGCCAGGAAUAAUGAGAUGAUGUAAGUAACAAGAUAGCUCUGCACUCAAUGAUGCUCUCAAAGUGCAUUACUGCACUGUAACAUAGUGGGUGUUUACAGUGUACAUGUACCUAACUUUUGCCAGGAGACUGAUUUCCUGUUGCCACUCAAACAUACAUUGCUCACCUAUACCACCUCCAGUGAUUACUGAUAUUGCAAAUCUUCAGCACAUGGACAAUAACUGUUAGUGCUCAAAGCUUAAUUUUUUUAAUUUCACCUUUUGGCAACCCAAAAUUAUUAACUGGUUACCAGAGAUGAAAUAUUGGCUGCUACAAUGUGGGGGAAAAAAACAAAAUAAAACAAAACAAAACAAUUUACUAUGCACAUGUAUUAAGAGUGAGCAGCAUGACUCCACCAUUUUUCUUAUUACUAUAAUAAGAAUAAGAAGUAUUAUCAUAAUAUUUAUUUCUAUAAUUAUUAAAUUAUAUAUUAUUCAAGAAUUCUCUGGCCUGGGUGACUGGUUGUAAUUUUGGUACAGGUAGAUUAAGUGCCUUAAAUCUAAAAGUCAUUAACAGUUCAUUCACACCAGCAAAAUAUGUUUAGUUAAAUCAGGUUUAACUGAAUGAAAACCAGAAACAGAGGACUGGAAAACUGAAUUUUCUGUAUGAUUCAAGUAAUCAUUGGCAUGUAUUUUCAACGUUUACUUGAAAACAAAAAAAAACAUUGGUUUAAACAGUGUUAAAGUGUUAAACAAAAUACCUGUAAAACUUGUUUAAGCUUUGGUGUUAAUGGGUUAUAAGACCCUAUCACAUGUACCUACUACUUGUAAGAGUACCGUGUACAGCCUGCUGACUUAAUUUACAUGUAUCUCAUCUCUAUCUAAACCACAGGCACAAGACUGGCUUAAAGGAGCUUGAAUUUCUGAAGAAGCUGAAUGCAGCUGACCCAGAUGACAAGUAUCACUGUCUGCAAUUAUAUCGACAUUUCUUUCACAAGAAUCAUCUGUGUCUUGUAUUUGAAUCUCUGAGGUACAUGUAGGUUUGUUUUUGAAGUUUACCAUUAAACUCAGUAGUCAGCUCUUUGGUUGAGAGGUUUAUGUUGUUUAUACACAAUAGCUUCCUUUUGGUAGGAAGAUAAAUUUGCAGAUUUGUCAGGGGACAUUAACUGUUGAAGAGCUGAACAGUUUUUUCAAAUGUGAGGCCAAAGACAAUGCACAAGGACAAUUAUAUUAGCAAAUUUUUACACCAAAUAGAGGUUGAUUUGUUUAGUAUCCUUCAAAUAAUUUUGCAGUGUGCAGAACAGACUUUACAAACAGCUUACUGUCAAAAACAUAUACUAAAUAAAUGUAGAGGUUGACUUUUCUGUUCUGUUGUUUUCAUGUUAAUUCCAUUCAGUAUGAACCUCAGAGAGGUUCUACGGAAAUAUGGUCAGAAUGUGGGACUUCACUACAAAGCUGUCCGUUCAUAUAGUCAGCAAUUAUUCCUAGCCCUGAAGCUUUUAAAGAAGACAGGUAUAAUCCAUGCAGACAUUAAACCUGAUAACAUUCUGGUAAGUAACUAUUUUAUGGCCAAUGAACAGAACAUAGAAAAUGGCCACUCUGUGAGCUUUGGCUGAGAGGCAGGAUAUGAAAAGGAAGUGUAAAAAUUUUUCUCUCCUUUGAAAUGCGCCUUCUUCUAAUCACACUGAUUGACAUGCCUUGUACUUUGAUAAGAAAUAAGUGAAUUAUUUGCAAGCAAAAUAUCUUCAUGCAUUGUGUAAAAUUUUGAAUUUUGAGACAUCCAUGUACAUGUACUUAAGGGAAGGCACUUAUUUGGAACAGGGCGCUUAUAAGGGACAGGGUGCAUAUUUCUUUUCCUAGAAAUGACAAAAUGUAAGGGGGGCACUUAUUAGAACAAGGGGGUGUAAUCAAGUCACUGCAGUAACAAUUAUACAGUGAAUGUUCAUUUAACAGUGGUCACAGGGAUGUUGAAAAUCACAUAUCAAUAUCAGUAUCUGGGCAACUGCCCACCUACCCCUCCCCUAACCCAACAUUAACCCUAACUUGUUAUCAAUUGACUGCUGUUGGGUUAGGGAAGGGGUUGGUGGGCAGUUGCCCAGAUACUGAUAUUGAUCCAACAUCACGUUUCAUCACAUGGAAGUAAAAGUUGAGGGACUCGGGUGAAGAGCACAAUUUUUUUUGCAAGCAAUUAAGGAAGAUGACCAUAAUUGAUCAUAAUGUGCUUGUACUCUUAUAGGGUUCUAACAGUGCUUAUUGGUACAGGGGAUGCUCUUUGGUAUGAGAGUGCUUACGCAGUAGGGGCACUUUACAACAAAAAGAAAUUCAAGGGGGGUGCUUAUUAGAACAAGGGGGCAUAAUUAAGACACUGCAGUAAAUUUUAUUCGUUUUUCUCACAGGUGAAUGAAUCAAAACUGGUUGUAAAGCUCUGUGAUUUUGGAUCAGCUUCAUUUUCCUCUGAUUGUGAUAUAACUCCAUACCUUGUUAGUCGUUUUUAUCGAGCCCCAGAGAUAAGUAAGUUUUAAUGAAAUAAAGGAGAAAUGUUUUCACCCAUUUCUCCCCUGAUCUGAUUGCUAAUUUUCACUUCUAGUUACUGUGCAUUUGCAUUUAAACUUCUGAACCCAGGGCCCAGUUGUUUGAAGGCCAAUUAGCAUUAACACAGGGUUUCAAUUUUCAUCCAGGUUUCUUUAUUUCAUUGUUCAAAAGCCUUUUGGGGAAAAUUUUCCUUGUUCCUUUUAGAAAAUCCAAUGAUUAACUUGCAUGCAGGAAGAUUUGAACUAAAUUUUCCUUAUAAAGUUUUCAGAGCUGAACACUAACCCUGGGUUAUCUUAACCCAGCUUUGAACAACCUGAGCUAGGUGUUCAAGGCAGAUAACACUAUGCAAUGGAUAAAUCGCUAUCCAGCAGUUGAGUGUAAUUAAAAUGUAGCAGAUAGUAUUAUACCCUUCAAACAAAUGGGUCCUGGUGUUGUACCCAUAUAUACAAUUGGACAGGUUAGAGGGUGUACUCUUAUCACUUGUUUGAUUGAUGAGGGUUUUUUUUUCAUAUUUGUACUUUAUGUUAAAUAACAUGCAUGUAUCUGAUGGAAAGAACCUAGAGCAAGUUUGACACAAAUAGAGGAAAAAAAGAAAAGUGUACAAUGCUGCUCUUCCUACAUAGGGUGAAGUGUAUUCAUAAUUCUUUGAGGAUUACAAUUUGCACAUGCUAGACUCAAUAUUGUUAGUCCAACCUACUUUGUGUGAGUCUAAUACAUAGCUGCACUUUUCUCUUCCUCAUACAUGUAGGCAAUCCUGCAAUGUUAUAGGAAACAUUUUUGCAAUGUACCUCUCAAAAUUAUGCUGUGUAGACAAAAACACAUGCACUUGUCAACAACUAUAAAAUUAUUAUACACAGUUUUCAUUAUAAAAUUAUAAUUUUUAAAUUUCCUUUCGCUCUCAGUUAUAGGUGCAAAGUAUGACUACAGUAUAGACAUGUGGUCUGUAGCAACGACAUUAUUUGAGCUUUACACGGGAAAGAUUAUGUUCCCUGGGAAGACCAACAAUGAAAUGCUGAAGCUUAUGAUGGAUUACAAAGGGAAAAUGCCUAACAAGAUGAUUAGAAAAGGAUCACUCAGAGAUCAACACUUUGAUGAAAACUGCAACUUCCUUUAUCAUGAGGUGGACAAGGUCACUCAAAGGGUAAGAGUAAAGUAGCUGGCUACAAUUUGAAGACACCCACAUGUACAUGUCACAUUUAUUGUGACAAGAUUGUGUCAACUUCUCCUCAACAAUUAUUAACCAGCCAACUAUUAACCAGCCGCUUUAUGGUGAGAACUAAAUGUAAAUACUUCUACUACAACAUGAACUGCUUAAAUUUUUAAGGGUCAUAUUAUUUUAUAGAAUGUGAUUCGAUCAAUUAUGUCCUUGGUUUUAAAUCUCAUUUUUCUUUGUGUUGUAAAGCAUUAUUAAGAAAAUAUCAUAGCACACCCCUAGCUACAUGUAUUGGAUUAUGGAUCAUUAGGAAAAUAGCAACAGAAGAUUAUCAUAUACGUACAUGUAAUGAUACAUACAGUAAUCAUUUGACUUUUUACCAUUGUAAACAACCAUUUUUGAUAAUUGAUUCUAUGCAACUGUAACUUUUUUUCUGUUUGUCAAACACACUAGGAAAAGGUUACAGUGAUGGGAGCCAUCAACCCCAACAAAGAAGUGGUUGAGUCUCUACUGGGCUACAAAAAACUGAAUGAGGAACAUAAACGUAAAGUCAUGCAGCUAAAGGAUCUGCUCGACAAAUGCCUCAUGUUGGACCCAGUCAAAAGGAUCUCUCUCAAUCAGGCUCUCACACAUCCUUUCAUCACCGAAAAGGUUUGAGCCGAUGAACGCUGUACAUAAGACUUCAUCUCUCUUUUGUUCAUGAAUCCAUCAUGUACUCUUAACAAUUUAUGACACUUUUCAAGAUGAGUUUCAUUUGGUAGACAUUAGUACUUAUUUAAUGGCUGAGUUAUUUUUUCAUGAGUCUUUUCUUUUAUGUACAUUGCUCAGACUGGAUAAUGAUGAAAAUACUGCAAGCUGUUAAACUUGUUUAAGCCAUUAAGGGAAUUUUAGUAUAUACAUAUUGUGACGUGGAAAAGUUCCUGCAUCUUUCAGUGCUACGUGUAGUAAUAUUAGCUCCGAUGCCUUCCUGGCUCAACGAGUUAGUGUGAAUAUGAGUAGAAAGAAAAGUUUACCUUCUUCACCUUGGAAGGUUCAACUUCUUCCUAUUCUGAAUGUUAUGGGGGUUACGAGGCAUUUUAGCUAUGAAAAAGAAUAGAUUUGUCUGUCUCUAUCGUAGACCAAGGGGAUUGUUGGUGUUCUUGAUAAAAGUUGAUUGCACUUUCUUAUUGUUUGUUAAUAAAACAUUGUGAUGUUUUAAGUUUGUUGUUACUAGAGUAAUUUAUUGACUUUGAUAAACUGAUUAAAAUAAAGAAAAAAGAGUGCGGAACAUUGGCAGAUGUUGUCAUGUUUCUCACAAUUUUGAUUUGAUUAAUUCAAGAGUGGGAUGUUUGUUAAUGUCGUUAAUUGUUCACUGAAUUUUAAGUUACAUCUAUUUGAGGCUAAGACCUUGUAAAGUCUCUUUGAUAGGAUGUCAGGGAACGAGUUGAGAAGAAGUGAAAUACAUUUAUACUUAGCGCAAUGUUUUUCUCUUUCCCAUUUUAGAAGGAGUUGCAUGUUAAUCGGUUUACAUGUAACCUCGAUCGUAAAAUUAAUAAUUUUGUUUUUUUCUCACGUUGCUGACGAUUUUUUUUACCUUAUUUGUCGCUGCUAGGUUUUGAGCGCGGAAAUAGGCUAUAGGUUCAUAUCCUGCCUCCUUUCAGCCAGUUAGAAGGCUGGGAAUUCAAUAACUGCGUUCCAAUUUUUACUAGUAACUGAGAAUAACAUGCACAUUCCAUAAACAUAAACAUUCUGCACUCAAUAGGAUCUAUCCUAAAAGUUCUAAUGUGAAUGUCAGUGUUUGAUGGUGCCUAUCAAGUUAACCUACUCGAAAUUUGUUUCUUUAAAUACAUGGUGUGUAUUUCAUCAAAAUUUAUGCUGACUGUUUUAUCAUUUUAUAGUUUUUCUUACAGGAGGUACCUUAGUGCGAGUCGGCAACCAUUCCAAAGAGUAGAAAUACAUGUAAAUUGUACUGUAUUUCUCCAGUAUUUAGGGUAAUGCAAUUCUUGACAAUGAUUUGUGAUGCUCGAUCAUUGAAUUCUUAUAUUCUGUAAACGCUCUGAUACUUAUCAAAAUACAAGUCCCAAUCUUACCUCUGUCCACCAGUUAGACUAAAGCAGGAUUUUUAUAGACCCAUUUCAGGUCUGUGCAAGUUAGUACGAGUUAAAAUGAGUGAACUGUGUAAAGCGCGGGAAAACGUGAGUGAUUAAGUCGCGAUUGGUUUUAGAUUCGAAUCUGACUGGUUGAGAAAAAGGCGCGAGUUUUCGGGACUAAUCGUAAAGCGAAUUAAAGCAAAACUAAAGCGAACCCGGAUUACUCUGACACUCAAUUGAACAUUACUUUAUGCUGCUGAAACCGGGUUUAACUCCGGCAGUUUUGAGACAGUUGGCUGGUAGACAGCCGAUUUUGACUUCUCGGUAUUUUUGCUAAAUUGUAACAUAAUGUGCGCUAUGUUAUUGUACUUUCAUUGCUAACGAUGUCUUCUCUUACAUAUUGCCUUUAUGCUGGUUGUGCCAAUGAAUCCAUCCUUCGCAGUUAUUUGGUGAAAUGGAUGAAACAGAUGUUACCAUCUGAAUCAGAGGUAUUACUGACUGAUAACGCAGACAAGAUUGGCAGAAGAAAACUUGUGUCUAAUCAAAAUUUCACGGUUCUCUCGGGUUUGCAGUAGUUGCUUUUCAGUUCUGUGAAGGCCAAGAACAGGGCUUUUUUUUCUUCUUGGAGUGUUUUUCAUUAGUUUUCUUAAUUAGACUGCGAUCCAUGGUCGUGACUGUGGUACAAAUAUCUUAAGAUUAACGGAAUCUAGCACAAAUCUUAAAGUAGCAACAUUUUAUGAGAAACAAUGAUGAAAAUUUUAGUGUCAGGAACUUGAAUUCAACUUUCUCUCAAAUUUCGUAGUCCGUAAUGUUUUUACAGCUAUUUAUUUUUUGCAACUUGGUUUCCCAUCAAAUUUUUUUAUUUUCCAAUACAGGUGGUAGCGG